UUUUCUUUCACUUAAACAACAGACGACACCAGUUAAAGGUCUCUUGAAAUUCAACAAAACAAGGUGAAAUAAGACAACCGAAUGAAAAGUAUGAAUAUCCAUCUUGCAUUUGCCACACUGGCUCUGCUUCUGCCGUUGACAAAUGCAGCUUUUCAAGAAGUUUACAAGAGGGGACCGAAGAAUAAGCGAAGUUUUAAAUCGUAUUUUGAAAACUACCUUGAUGAAAUGGCGACAAGUGCUUGUGCGGGAAUGGCAACAAAAACAGGCGUUUAUAUGGGAGUGCGUCGAGCCUGUAAGUUUGGAGUCACUUGUGAUCACAUUUGUAAAUCUUUGAAAGUCACUGGAAAACUUCCUUCAGGAGCUCGCCAUUCGGUGUGCGUAGAAUCAUUCCAUGUGUACAAACAUCAGCCAUCCUUAGCUGUGAAUAAAAACAAAGAUACAGACGUGAAUAAAAUUGGACAAGCAAUUCACCUUUACGGGUCAUGUCACUCUAAUCACUGUGGACCAAAUUACUGCUGUUGCCGAGGAUACUAGUGAUUCAUUAAGUCCGCAUAAUGAUUCUAAUUGUCGUAGAUUGUGUGUAAUUUGCUUACAAAUAAAUCUUCAUGAAAAUGCG